AACGCUGGGCCUGGAUCCUUGCUGGGUCUGGACCCAUUCCCAUCUCCAGGUUUUGGUCUGCCCCUGGGAAAAAAAACCCUGCCCCUGGCCUGGAUACCUGCCUCUCGUCCUGGCCUGGGCUCUCCCGGGACAGAACACCUUUGGCCUAGAUGCCCGUCCUCAGGCCUGUAUGCCCUGCUUGGGCAUGGCCUUUCCCACUUUGGCCUGGACUACUUCCCCUUGGCCUGGCCUGGAGCUGGUUCCCUGCCUGGCCUUGGACAGCCCUCAGCCAGGCCUGCCCUACAACCAGGCUCUGAGCUGGACUCUGCCUGAACCUGUCCCUUCCCCCUCCCUUCCCCAGCCAUAUACCUAGGCUGGGCUUGGCAGUGCAGACCCACCCUGGGAUGGAGGGGCUCCAGCACCUGGUGCCAGGGGGUCUGUGCCCUCUCCAGGGGUGUGACACAAGCUGCCCCAUGGGAAGUGUCCCCAUCUUGUUCCCCACUGAUCCCAGGGCUCCAGCACCUGGUGUCAGGGGUUCUUGUCCCCUGCUCUGGGUGUGUGACACAGGCUGCUUCAUGGGAACCAUCCCCAGCUUGUCCCACGUGGAUCCUAGCAACUGCCUGCAAGGUGCCAGCCUGAGUGGGCACUGCUGGCUGUCCCCAGGCCCACAGCAUUGCACAGGCAGCUCACCCUGUCCCCCUGCCCUGUCGCUGCCAUGCCAUGGCGGGCAGGGGGCGGUUGCUGUGCCCAGCCCCUGCAGGGCUGUCACCUUUAUCACCCUGCAGAACCGCAACCCCCUGGUUGCUGUCUACUACACCAACCGUGCCCUCUGCUACCUGAAGAUGCAGCAGCACGACAAGGCCCUGGCCGACUGCAAACGCGCCCUGGAGCUGGACGGGCAGUCGGUGAAGGCUCACUUCUUCCUGGGCCAGUGCCAGAUGGAGAUGGAGAACUAUGAUGAGGCCAUUGCCAACCUGCAGAGAGCCUACAACCUGGCCAAGGAGCAGAGGCUGAACUUUGGGGACGACAUCCCCAGCGCGCUGCGCAUCGCCAAGAAGAAAAGGUGGAACAGCAUCGAGGAGAGGAGGAUCAACCAGGAGAACGAGCUGCACUCCUACCUCACCAGGCUCAUCAUGGCUGAGAAGGAGAGGGAGCUGGCAGAGUGCCAGAAGGCUCAGCUGGAAGAGAGCGCAGAUGAGAGCCGGAGCCGAGUGCAGCUGGCCAGCAUCGAGGCCAAGCACGAGAAGUACCUGGCAGACAUGGAUGAGCUCUUCUCCCAGGUGGAUGAGAAGAGGAAGAAGAGGGACAUCCCUGACUACCUGUGUGGGAAGAUCAGCUUUGAGCUGAUGCGGGAGCCCUGCAUCACGCCCAGCGGCAUCACCUACGACAGGAAGGACAUUGAGGAGCAUCUCCAGCGCGUGGGACACUUCGAUCCGGUGACACGGAGCCCCCUGACCCAGGACCAGCUGAUCCCCAACCUGGCCAUGAAGGAGGUGAUCGAUGCCUUCAUCUCGGAGAACGGCUGGGUGGAGGAUUACUGAGGGGGCAGCGUUGUCCCCGCGGCACGGCUGGCUGGCACGGGGCUGGCACCGUGCCAUCCUCGCUGCCCCCCUGCUCCAGCUGCCUGCAGACCCGGCUGGAGUGAGGCCACAUCACCACCUCCCCUUGCUGUGGAGCCCCAGUGGCAGCUGGGUGGGCACCAAGGCUCCCUGGGUUUCCCUCUCUGCUGGCUCCUGGCAGUUUGCAGUGCUUGGAGGGAGCCCUGGCUGGUAGGAGCUGGCUCUGUGUGGCAGCCAUGAAGGUCUUGCCACCAUCCUCACCCCCGACAGAGCAGGGUUGUCCCUGGCUCUGCCAGCUGAUAGUCUCCAAAGGCUGUGCCCUCCCGAGAGGUGCUGUGAGGAGCUUUGCUGGGGUGUUGCCCUCUCCAUGGAUGUUGGUGUUGCCUCUUCCUUCCACCUCCUGCCUGGUCAAGGUUGGGUCUUCUCCUCCUUGUAAAUAGCCACUUAGUGUGGGUGGGAAACCAGCAAGAUUCCAACUCCUCUCCAGCUUUUCCUGGGAAACAACUCCUCCCAGGGCUGGAAGGGGGCUGGCUCCUUGCCCAGCAGGGCCUUGGUUCCCUAGGAACAACCACCUGGGGUUGAGGAUCUGCUUCACAGUGAAUGAAAGCCCUUCAAAACCAAGACAAAACCCACCCAACCCACAGCCCUGUGGCCCAUGGUGGCUGCAGCAGCUUGGGUAGAACCCUCCUGGCUUCUCAGCUUCCCUUGGGGGUUUGCCAAUGUCAAUGAAACAAAAAAUAGAGAAAUUAAAAAAUCAGCAAUAAA